UGUCAUUGUAACUCUGUUAAACAUAAGCCGAAUAACUGUGUUCUCCUUUUCAUAGAUUUUUGGUGUAUUAUAGCAUUAUGAACGGUUUGAAGUACGGAUGAACACUGGUUCGAUAUACAUGUACGACAAGACGACAAGGAAGUAAACAUUUAAAAGAUUUAUCUUUAAUAUAUAUGCAAGUAUUGUAGAUCUGUGGUUAUUACCUAGGGAAUCGAAGAAGAGGUUGGGAAUAAAAUUUGUAUAAUGACAAGAACAAGAAAAAAAUGACAACCUUUAUAGAACCAAGACUAUUAUAUUUCCAACAAGAGGUGGCUAGAUGUAUCAAGGAUCCGGCGGUGGUAUCACAUUUGGCCGCAGAAUCUGUUAUUACUGCAGAGGACAGUUCAAGAAUCAAGAAAUUGUACAUCGAUAGCGAUACUUUCAAAGCAACUGAGGAAAUGAUAAAUUGCCUUUUGAAAUCAAGAGCAAGAGGGAAGUGGGCAUCAUUUUUGUAUGCUUUAGAGCAAUCAGAAUAUCACUACCUAAAGACUCUCCUUGAAUCUGCUGGUCGUCCAUAUGAAAGUGUUGAACGUGCAAGAGAAAUAAUCAGGAUAUUUACACCACUCUUAGAGAAAGAAAUAAACGGAAAGGACAUUGUAUCAGAGUUGUAUUCUAAAAAAGUCAUUAACCAGACGGACCAGGAAUUAAUACUAGCUACAUACCAGACAAAGGGAGACACGUAUGCUACAAUUGUUUUGCUUGAGAGAAUGCAGUGCAGGCUUGCCCCUGAUGAAUGGUUCUAUAUAUUUCUGAAUGUUUUAACUGAGAAAGGCUAUAAGCACGUUGUUGAAAAAAUUGAACCAGAAUUCUUACAAAAUCCUGAUCAAUACAGACCUGUGGCAGAAACAAAAAGAACGCCAGAUAUGACACAGUCGAAUGAAGAAACAAUGAAUGAUUUGGAUGAUUGUUCAUGCAGUGUGGGUGACACAAGGGAACAUACUAUUGCAGAUUUCGUUGAAGCAGAGGAAACAAUGGAUGAUCUUGCCGCUCCAGAUUCUACCGCCGGACCUGUCUCGCCAGAAUUAAUUGGCACAGAAACUGAUAGUAAGACGAAAAUAUCAGACAGUGAAGAGCUAAAUGAACUCAACCUGGACAAAGUCAAUAGAAACAAUACUUUCCGGGAAAAAGAAAAGACUCUAGGGGAACGAGCUCAACCCGAUGGUAGUGAAUCAACUGAAAGCAUAUGUCAGUCUGAAAACUUAAAGGAAUUUAAUAUCAAACCUGACAUAUCAAAGAGUCUUACAAUAGAUGAAGUGGCACCGAACAAAGCAAAUGUUGCUACAUGUGGCACAUCCUGUACAAAUAUUGAUGACGCAUGUUCAGAAUUAGAUGACACUGACACAGAAAAUGAUGACAUUGAUUCAGAAACCACGUGUGGAUCAUUAAAGUUAAGAGACUAUCAGGUUGAACUGGCGGAGAAGCAUGCUGUCCCUGGAAGAAAUACGAUAAUAUGUGCUGAUACUGGCACCGGAAAGACUUGUGUUGCUAUGUACAUUAUUGAUAAACAUUUACAAACUACAACAGAUGGCGUGCGAAAAGUGGCAUUUAUGGCUAGGACUGGCGCACUUAUCAAGCAGCAAGCAGAUUCAUUGAGGAGAUACUUGGACUCGAAAUAUAUGAUAAAACUUGUGACCAGUGACACGGAUGAGUCAAAGAUGCUUGGUAUUUAUCUUGAUGGAUACGACAUCAUUUGCUUCACUCCUCAAAUACUUGUAAAUAACCUUGACAACAAGAACAUUGAGAGUAUCUCUGUGUUCUCUCUUUUGAUCUUGGAUGAAUGUCACCACACAAGAAAGGAUGAGCCUUACAACAAAUUGAUGCGAAGGUAUCUACUGCAAAAGAAUGAACCUAGUACUGAUGAUAGACGGCUUCCUCAGAUAGUUGGGUUAACUGCUUCCAUUGGAGUUGGAAAGGCAAAAGGAGAAGUCGAAGCACUGGAUCAUAUAAUGCAUGUUUGUGCAUGUUUAGAUGUGCGGAAUUUGUCAACAGUUGAGGAUAGCCUAGAAGAACUGAAGGAAUAUACGAAUAUUCCUACAGAAGAAAACAUUCCAAUGGUUAAAAGAGACAAUGAUCCAAACAAGGCUAUUCUGUUGUCAGCAAUGACCGAAACGGAAUCCAUAAUACAAGAAAAGUCCUCAAUGCAGCCUAAACUUGUUAAACUUGCUUACAAUCAACCGGCUGAUAGAGAGCUACAAAGUUAUGGUACAUGGGCAAAUGACAUGAUGACUACAGCUCAGUCUAUAUUUAACAGCAGGAGCGCGAGAGACGUAGCUUCAUGCGCUAAAUAUCUACAGAUUUACUCUGCUGCCCUCGAAGUCAACAAUCUACUGCGCACAGAAGAUAUUGCUUUGUAUCUGGCCGAGAAACACCAACAAGAAGAUGAAAAUCAUGAUGAACUAACUGAAACAGAAAAGACGCUUUUCCGAGACUUGCGAGAUGUUCAGAGAAGACUGAGGAGGGAGAAAAAUGAAAAUCCAAAUGUUCAUAUAAUGAGCAGUAUACUUCGAAAACAUUUCGCUGGUGUUGACAAAGAUUCUAGAGCAAUGGUGUUCGUCCAGGCUCGAGCAACCUGCAAGGCUUUAGCAUCUCUACUUAACCAAGAAUUCAGCGAUAUUGAUAUCAGGGCAAGUCCUCUGUUUGGAAAAGAGAAUAGAGGUAGUGACAUGGGAAUGACUGAAAGUGCUCAGACUGAUAUCAUCAAUAAGUUUCGUGAUGGACAUUUUAAAGUGAUUGUUGCAACAUCAGUAGGGACCGAAGGGAUUGAUGUUCCAGACUGUGAUAUCACUUUGAAUUACAAUUACACUGGAAAUGAAAUUACGAAAAUUCAAAUGAAAGGAAGAAGUAGAAAAAAGGGUGCCAAAGCAGUUACGUUAGGAAACGACAAAUUACUGGAGCGUGAAAAGAAAAAUGUUUACAGGGCAAGUUUGAUGACUAAGGCUAUUAAACGCUUUAAGGAACAAAGUUACGAUACGAUAUGCAGAAAGGUACUUACGUUUCAGCGGGAGGAAUUGCGGAAGUAUAAGAAUCAAGUAGAAGUUAUGAAUAUCAAAAGAAGUAGACAGUCAAGUGAUCAUGAGUACAAGGUUUUAUGCCGCGACUGUAGCGCUUACUUGUGCAACACGUCAGAUAUUCGCAAAUGUGGGUCGUCUUUCAUGGUUGCUGAUGAGAAUUUCCAGGAUAAAAUUAGGAAAAGGCUGCAUGACUCACCAAGUAAAUUUGGUACUAUACAGAAGCAGUACAAAAUGAAAUGCAACGGAUGUCCACUUGAUUUAGGAAUAAUUGGCAUCAAAGAUGGACUAGAAUGUUGCAUUUUGAAUAUAAAGGCUCUGAAAUUUUGUAGCAGUGUAGAUGGUGGAAUCACAACAUACAAGAAAUGGAUCGAUAUGCCGUAUAGAAUUUUGGAAACUACUUACGAAGAAUUACCAACGGAAUAAGAUUAAAUUGGUCAAAACUUAAUUGUGCGACUAACGAUUUGGUAGAAAAUGGAGUGUAUAAUAUACAUUUGAUCUUUGCGUUAUGAAAUACGUUAACAUUAAGGAUGUAAUGUACUCAUUUUUCACACAGUUAUUCAAUGGUUUUUUAGAGUAUCCUCUUCAAAUAUAUUUAAUUUGCCUAAAUAAAGAAAUAAACUGU